AGGGAAAAAAAGUGACGCAGAGAGAGGCACACGGAGAGAGAGAGAGAGAGAGAGAGAGAGAGAGAGCAUCUGAGCAUCUCCAAAUAUGGGUGUGGAGGAAGAAACGCAACAGUCUCCGUUACUUGAAAGCUCCAAGCAUUCUGAUUCUGAGCGCCCUUUCAAAAGAACCGGAACAAUAUGGACGGCAAUGGCGCACAUAAUAACAGGGGUGAUAGGGGCAGGAGUCCUGUCCCUCGCGUGGAGCAUGGCUCAGCUGGGCUGGUUCGUGGGUCCUUUCGCAAUGUUGCUCUUUGCGGCCAUCACUUUAGUUUCUGCAAGCCUUCUAUGUGACUGUUACCGCUUUCCGGAUCCUGAAUAUGGACCCGGCAGAAACCGAUCCUAUAUGGAAGCUGUUCAGCUCUAUUUAGGAGAGAACAGCAAACGAUUGUGUGGAUUGUUUCUGCAGGAAAGCUUUUAUGGGGGUGGAAUUGCUUACACCAUUGCAACUGCCACUAGCGUGAGAGCAAUUCAUAGAUCGAACUGUUACCACAAAGAAGGGCAUGAUGCUGUAUGCUUCUAUGGGGAAAAUACUUAUAUUCUGCUAUUUGGAGCUGUUCAGGUUAUAGUCUCUCAGAUACCCGAUUUCCAUAACAUGGCAUGGCUCUCUAUUGUUGCGGCGAUCAUGUCUUUCUCCUACUCUUUAAUCGGGCUGGGACUCGGCUUUGCAAAAGUUAUUGAAAAUGGGGUGAUCAAGGGGAGCAUGGGAGGAAAUCCAACUGUCAGUACUACUGAUAAACUGUGGUUGGUCCUUCAGGCACUUGGAGACAUUGCUUAUGCCUAUCCCUAUGGAACAAUCCUUUUCGAGAUCCAGGAUACUCUGAAGUCACCGCCACAAGAAAACCAGACCAUGAAGAGCGCCUCUACUGCUUCAGUAUUCAUUACCACGAUUUUCUACCUUCUCUGUGGAUGCUUUGGAUAUGCAGCCUUCGGGAGUGAUACACCAGGGAACCUCUUAACUGGAUUUGGGUUCUACGAGCCCUAUUGGCUUGUAGAUGUAGCAAAUGCUUGCAUUAUUCUGCAUCUAGUUGGAGGAUACCAGGUAUACAGUCAGCCGUUGUUUGCAUUCGUGGAAAGAUGGUUCGGCCAGAACUUCCCAGACAGCGGAUUCGUGAACAAUUUGUACGCCGUGAAACUCCCGUUGCUGCCGGCUUUCCAGUUGAAUCCUUUGAGGCUGUGUUUCAGGACAGUUUAUGUGAUGUCGACAACUGUAUUGGCCAUGAUGUUCCCUUACUUCAACCAAGUCUUGGGAGUGCUUGGAGCAUUUAACUUUUGGCCCUUGGCAAUUUAUUUCCCUGUGGAAAUGUACCUUGUGCAGAGGAAUAUUGGAGCUUGGACUAAUAAGUGGAUUCUUCUCCAGACUUUUAGCAUGCUUACCUUGCUUGUUUCAGUGCUGGCCUUCAUUGGAUCAGCUCAAGGCCUUGUAAGCGCAAAGCUUAGCUAGCUAAAAGCUCCAUUGUGUAUUUACAUAGCAUGUGAUGUUGUACAGCCGAGUGCAUUUGUGUGUGUUUUGUUUUCUUGACCUCCAUGGGUUACAUUCUCUCUUGCUAGUGAUAGAUAGAUUGUAAAAAAAUUAAGACAUUUGGAUUGUAAGAAUAUUCUUGUUUAUACCAUCUUUCUUUAAUGUUGGAACUAAUAUUCCAGCGUUCA